GUAUUUCAUACUGUUUUUUCUCCGAUUAAAGCAUUUCACAGAAUACAAAUCAGAAACUACUUCCUAAUUGUUAACGUUCACGGUGCAGCUGUGAAAACGCACAGGAAUGCAGCUGCAAAAGCGUGGAUUCGGAAAUUAUUUUGUCUUGUACAUUGCUGCCUUUUGGUUAGCAUCCAUUCGAGCUUCCUUACUUCCUUCUUCGGAAGGCAGUGACGUUGAUGCCGACCAUGAAGAUGUGGAAAUGGAUGGAGAAAUGGUGGAUUCGGCGGAAGAAGAAGUGACUAUGUCAGCAGCGCCCGUGUACGGGGCAUUCCUCGUGGGCGAAGACCGAAGUGAGAACGAAAAGUUACUGCGCUUGUUGGUUAUUCAUAACUCUAUUUAUGACAAACGUACUGGACCGCGAUUGGCCGAUGGACAGUCCAUCAACGUGUCCAUGUCCAUCAGUUUACGGGGAAUUAUGGAUGUGAGUGAAUACCAGGGUUAUAUCACCAUAAAUGCCGAAAUGGGCUUCAAAUGGUAUGAUCCACGAUUACAAUGGGAUGCGGCGAAAUUCUCCAAUCUCACCGUCAUUCCCGUUAGCGAUGGCGAAAUCUACCAUCCGAAUAUUUAUCUGCUUAACAGCUGGAAUGCUAAGGAAUCCAAUGCCUUUGCACCAGCCGUCGCGAUGGUGUACAAUACCGGAAAAGUGUUGUGGUAUCCGCGAGCCACACUGAAGGCGCCAUGCUUCGUCGACACACGCUACUGGCCAUUUACCGCCAUGGAAUGUGACCUCGUGUUCGGAUCGCCAUUAAUUAAUGACCACGAAGUGCGCCUGUACUUCCAUACCAACGCCGUCUACGUUCGCUCCUACAUGGAAGGUCAUCAGUGGCGUCUGGUCAAAGGCGGCCAGUUUAUGGUGCCGGAGAAUAUGGAUGAUUUGCGCCGGAAGUACGGGAAGGAACUGCCGUGGAUUCGGCUGUACUUCGAGCACCGACCUUGUCAGUUUCUCUACACUAUCGCGCUGGCGUCCAUCGUUAUGGCGGUCGCUUCGGGUUUGCUGUUUGCCUGUAUGACGGAUGUGCGGAUCAGCAUGAUUAUGGGCGUUAUGGAGAUUAUUUUUUUCGCUGGACUGCAUUUUUAUCUAAGUUUUAUGAUGCCGCCUAGCUCAAAAACGCCACUUUUUGGAAUUUUCAUCACUGACACGAUGCUCCUGGUCACCAUAUUAUUGUUCUUCACGUACAUCAUCGCAUUCCUGCAGUCACGCACCUCCAGUCCGCCGAAGAUUGUCGCCGCAGCGAGCCGCGUAAUGAAUGUCCUUUCCUGCAAUGCCGGGGUGCCCAGUAAACCGUUGUCGCUACUGCCCACGUCCGGACCGGAAAUCAUCCAUAUCCACCGAGAAAUCUGGAGGCAAUUUGCUGCUUUCCUUAAGCUGGUGGUGGUGAUUUUGUACAUGUUGUGUAUCCUAGUGUUGAGCUUGGUAGCGGUGACGCCUUUUAUGGAAAAGCUGAAAACCAGAUGGGAAGUGGAGCGGGCCGCUCUCAGCAGUGUUCGCCCAUUAACAUAAAAUUAUUAUUAAUUACUAAACCAUCGGCUAUUCU